AUGGAGUCUGGAGAGCGGUUAACGUCAUCGUCGGUCUCCUCUACUGCAGCUGCUUCCACUCCAGUGUCUUCUACGCCGUCUGUAGCAUCAGCAGUAUCGAAAGGUGGCCUUUCCACGGGAGCUGCGUCGCUGAGCUCCACAGUCAACACAUGUGAAUGGUGGCGAGCAGCGGACGCGCACUCUCGUCCUGGGGCAGCUUUUUUCCCACCGCUCUUGGGAAUUCCGCCUCUGUUUGCACCUCCUGCACAGAACCAUGAUUCUGCUCCAUUUCACUCGAGAGCUGCAGCGAAGAACAGCCGGAGCAGCACAGAGAAAGGUAUAAAUGGAUCCGUGAAUGGGAACAGUACCACUGCGGUGUCUGGUGUCAGCACAUCUGUCCUAUCCACUAGCGCUGCAACAUCUGCAGGACAAGCGAAAGCUGUAACCUCAGGAGCAGGAGGCCGCAAAUAUAACCAGGAGCAAAGCAAAGUUCAGCUUUUGGACACCAGAGCUGACAAAAUCAAAGAUAAGAAGCCCAGAAAAAAAGCGGUGGAAAGCUCCAGUAACAGCGACAGUGACUCGGGCUCCUCCUCAGACACCUCGAGUGAAGGCAUAAGCAGCAGCGACUCGGAUGAUCUGGAGGAGGACGAGGAUGAGGAGGACCAGAGCGCUGAAGAGAGCGAAGAUGAGGAAUCUGAUUCUGAAAACGAAGCACAUCCCAAAAACAAGAACAAGGUGCUAAUGCAUGGUGGCGUAGCAGAUCUAAAUGCUGAUGGGCAGAAACCGCAUGAGAAGCCCCAGGAAGCAAGAACACACCAGCAGAUACCUCUCGUGUCUGACUCCCAGCCUCUCCCGUCAUUCCAGUCCCAGCAGAAGCAGCCUCAGGGUUUGUCACAGCAGCUUCCGUUUCUUUUCCAAAGCUCUCAGGCAAAGGAGGAGGCUGUGAACAAACACACCAGUGUGAUACAGUCCACGGGACUGGUUCCCAAUGUGAAACCUUUGUCCUUGGUACAUCAAGCCAAAAAGGAAACCUAUUUAAAACUCGUAGUUCCUUCCCCUGAUCUACUCAAAGCAGGGAAUAAAAAUACCUCUGAAGAAUCUCUCUCUCUGACCAGCGAUGUAAGAUCGAAACGGGAACAAUACAAGCAGACAUUCCCAGCAGCACAGCUCAAGAAGCAGGAGUCAAACAGGAGCCUGAAGAAGGUCAUUGCAGCUUUGUCGAGCCCCAAGCCCACACCAGGUUCACCAGCUCAUCAGAAACUCACGUCCUUGGAAAACAACCAUUCCAACCCAUUCCUGACAAACGCACUUUUAGGUAACCACCAACCCAAUGGAGUUAUCCAGAGCGUCAUCCAGGAGGCUCCUCUUGCACUUACGACAAAACCGAAAUCCCAGACCAAGGUCAAUGAGAGUGCAGCCGUUUCCAGCAGUGCCCCCUUCUCUUUGCCAGUGAACUUGAGCACGUGCGGGAAAAAGCCAGCUGGUACCCGGACACCGGUGAUGGCCUCUACCUCUCCUGUGAUCCCUGGCUCAGGAAAGGAUAAACCAGUCAGCAAUAAUGCAGUAAAUGCAGUAAAAACCCAGCACCGCCUUCAUUCUGCAAAGCUGGUGGUGGAGCAGUUCCGAGGGGUAGACUCAGAUGCCCCCAGUAGUAAGGACUCUGACGACUCGAAUGAUGAUGAUGAUGACGAUGAAGAUGAGGAUGAGGAUGAUGAAGAUGAUGAUUCUGAUGAUAGUCAAUCAGAGUCUGACAGCAAUUCGGAGUCAGAUACAGAAGGGUCUGAGGAUGAAGAGGAUGAGGAUGAUAAAGAUCAAGAUGAAUCAGAUACAGACACUGAGGGAGAAAAAACCCUACUGAAACUGAAUAAAACCUCAUCCUCUGUGAAGAGCUCGUCCAUGGGGCUCGCAGCUCACUCCACCCCACUUAACCUCCAAGUAGCAAAGACCCCGAGCUCUGCGCCAGCUGCCUUAUGUCCCGAGUCCCAGCCUGCGGUGUUCCUUGGGACAGCACCGUCUGCUCUUACACCAAACACACACUGUGGUAUUUCAAAAAGACGAAGGGUAACAGAUGAGCGGGAGCUGCGAGUUCCUCUAGAAUACGGGUGGCAAAGAGAAACCCGUAUACGAAACUUCGGCGGUCGUCUCCAAGGAGAAGUAGCGUAUUUUGCGCCCUGUGGGAAGAAGCUGCGGCAGUAUCCUGAGGUGGUGAAGGGUGUGCAGUGGUGUCUCCUGAAGGAAGAGGAGGUCGUUCCCCGCAUCAGGGCCAUGGAGGGGCGCAGAGGACGGCCGCCAAAUCCAGACAGGCCGCACUCCCGCGAGGAGGCGAGGGCGCGGCGGCGCAAAGGGCGCCCCCCCAACGUCGGCAGCACCGAAUUUCUGGACAACACCGAUGCAAAGCUCUUGCGGAAGCUGCAGGCUCAAGAAAUAGCCAGGCAAGCAGCACAAAUAAAGCUACUGAGAAAACUGCAGAAGCAGGAACAAGCUCGAGCCGCCAAAGAGGCGAAAAAGCAGCAAGCCAUUAUGGCAGCUGAAGAAAAGCGAAAGCAAAAGGAGCAGAUAAAGAUAAUGAAGCAGCAGGAAAAAAUUAAGCGAAUCCAGCAAAUCAGAAUGGAGAAAGAACUUCGAGCUCAGCAAAUUUUAGAGGCAAAAAAGAAGAAGAAGGAAGAAGCAGCAAAUGCCAAAUUACUGGAGGCUGAAAAGCGAAUAAAGGAGAAAGAGAUGCGAAGGCAGCAGGCUGUUCUGCUGAAGCACCAGGAGUUGGAGAGGCAUAGACUAGAUAUGGAACGAGAACGGAGAAGACAACAUAUGAUGCUUAUGAAAGCCAUGGAAGCACGUAAAAAAGCAGAAGAAAAGGAGCGAUUGAAGCAAGAGAAACGCGAUGAAAAAAGAUUAAAUAAAGAACGUAAACUGGAACAGCGAAGAUUGGAAUUAGAAAUGGCAAAGGAGCUGAAGAAGCCCAAUGAAGAUAUGUGCUUAGCAGACCACAAGCCUUUGCCAGAGCUGCCGCGCAUUCCUGGCCUGGUUCUGGAUGGCAGCACGUUUUCAGACUGUCUGAUGGUCGUGCAGUUCCUGCGCAAUUUCGGUAAAGUGCUGGGCUUCGAUGUGAGCGUGGAUGUCCCCUCCCUGAGCGUCCUUCAGGAGGGGCUGCUGAACAUCGGGGACAGCAUGGGAGAAGUACAGGACUUGCUUGUGAAGCUCGUUUCUGCAGCCAUUUGUGACCCAGGACUUGUCACAGGAUACAAGGCUAAAACCAUUCUUGGGGAGCACUUGCUGAACGUGGGUGUGAACCGAGACAACGUGUCCGAGAUCCUGCAGAUCUUCAUGGAGGCGCACUGCGGGCAGACGGCACUGACCGAGAGCCUGAGGACCAAAGCUUUCCAGGCACACACCCCGGCUCAGAAAGCAUCGGUGCUCGCUUUCCUGGUCAACGAGCUGGCCUGCAGCAAAGGUGUAGUGAGUGAAAUUGAUAAAAACAUUGAUUAUAUGUCAAACUUAAGGAGAGAUAAAUGGAUGGUUGAAGGCAAACUUCGGAAGCUCAGGAUCAUCCACGCCAAGAGGACGGGCAAGAGGGAGGCGGCCGGGGGCGGUGAGGCGGGCGAGGAGCAGCACGCGCUGGAGACGCCGACGCCGGGGCGCAAGCGCAGGCGCAAGGGGGGGGACAGCGACGACGACGAUGACGACGACGACGACAGCGAGGAUCAGGCAGAAGAGGAUGAUGAGGAUGAAGAGGACAAAGAGGAUAAGAAGGGGAAGAAGGCCGAUGUUUGUGAGGACGAGGACGAUGGGGACCAGACAGCAAGUGUGGAGGAACUGGAGAAGCAGAUUGAAAAGCUGACAAAGCAACAGAGCCAGUACAGGAAGAAGUUGUUUGAAGCGUCACACUGUUUGCGCUCAAUGAUGUUUGGUCAGGAUCGCUACAGACGCCGGUACUGGAUUCUGCCUCAGUGCGGGGGCGUUUUUGUGGAAGGCAUGGAAAGCGGUGAAGGCCUAGAAGAAAUUGCAAAAGAAAAAGAGAAGUUGAAAAAGCUAGAAGGCAUGCAUAUCAAAGAAGAGGAAUUUGAGACGGAAGAAAAAUUACACUGUUUAAAUACAAGUCACUGUGAGCAAAAGGAAGACCUGAAAGAAAAGGACAACACUAAUUUGUUUUUACAAAAGCCUGGCUCAUUUUCAAAGCUAAGCAAACUGUUGGAGGUAGCAAAAAUGGCACCUGAAUCUGACAUUACGUCCCCCAAAUCUAACGGCAGCGCAGCCAAUGGCUGCACGUUGUCGUACCCCAGCAACUCCAAAACCUCUCUCUGCAAUCUCCAGCCUGUGCCGCAGAGCAGUGCCGAGAGGUGCGACCCUCAUCCCCUGUUCAGCGCCG